GCGGCGCCGGCUCAUGCCCCGGAUGGAGCUGCCAUUGGGGGAAGUGGACGGGGCCGCACAAUAACUGGGGGUUUGUUGGACUGAAAAAAGAAAAGGAAAAAGAAAAAGAGCACGGAAGGAAAAAAAACAGCUGUCAAAUUAACGGUGUAUAAACUGAAAUCUGGAUACCGCGGAACAAUCUGUAGUGUUUGUGCCGCGGAUUAACGGAGUCGAAGUGGAGCUGAUAUAAACAAUUAAUCAGUGGAAGUUCUGCUGGGGAAAAACACAGCGAGUCCUGGGGAGACGGAAACACGGGGACUGGAGAGGCACUGACUGGAGGCUCCGCUCGCCGCCAGGGGCUCGCCUAGCGAAUUAUGUCCGCCACAAGCAUCGAUCCUCAGAGACCAAAAGGACAAGACACUAAAGCCUUUCCUGUUUCCGUGCAAAAUGGUUCACUUCACCAGAAGGAGACUGUCCUCGACAACGACUUUGAGCCGUACCUCACCGGUCAGUCGAACCAGAGUAACAGCUACCAAUCAAUGACUGACCCAUACCUGCCUAGCUACUACGCCCCCUCCAUUGGCUUCCCGUACCCCCUGAGUGAGGCGCCUUGGUCCACAGGGGGUGAUCCACCCCUUCCCUACCUGGCACCCUAUGCACCCCUCAGCAAUGGUGACCACCACUUUGUGCACGACACGGUGUUCGGUCAGCCAGGCGGCCUGGGCAGCAACAUCUACCAGCAUCGCUUCAACUUCUUCCCUGAGAACGCAGCCUUCUCAGCCUGGGGUUCCGGCAGCUCGCAGGGCCAGCAGACCCAGGGCUCUACCUACGGGGGCAGCUACAGCUACCCACCGAGCUCCCUGGGGGGCACCCUGGUGGACGGUCAGGGUGGUUUCCACGGCGACACACUGAGCAAGGCGCCGGGCGUGAGCAGCAUUGAGCAGGGCAUGGUGGGACUAAAGCUGGGCGGUGGGGGCGAUGGUGCCGGGUCCACCCUGAAGGUGGUGGGCUCGGCAAUCGGGGGCGUGGCUGGCAACGGGAACAUAGCGACAGCUGCUGUGGGUGGGCCCCCUCCCAAACCCGCCUCCUGGGCUGCCAUCGCCAGCAAACCGGCCCGGCCACAGCUGAAAGCCAAGGCCAAGCAGGGGGCGGGCUUGCCCCCACCGCCUAUCAAGCACAACAUGGACAUCGGCACCUGGGAUGAUGGCAAGGGACCUGUGCCCAAGGUCCCCCCGCCAGCCGCCCUGCCUGCGGCCACGCUCACGCAGCCACCCCUGCCCCAGCUGCCACCGCCGCUGCCCCAGCUACAGCCAUACCAGAACCACGUGCAGGCCCUGUCCCCACAAGCCCGUUGGGUUGCCCCCCGUAGCCGCAAUGCAGGCUAUGGCCAGAGCGAGGGCGGCUUGCCUGCUGGGGGGGGCCCCGCCGGGCUCGGGGUCGGACUCCCAGGCCCUGGCGGCGACCUGGCCUGUCCCGCCACUGAGUCGCACCCCGUCCUGGAGAAGCUGCGGGCUGCCCACAGCUACAACCCCAAGGACUUUGAUUGGAACGUGAAGGUUGGCCGUGUAUUCAUCAUCAAGAGCUACUCGGAGGACGACAUCCACCGCUCCAUCAAGUACUCCAUCUGGUGCAGCACGGAGCACGGCAAUAAGCGGCUGGACGCUGCCUACCGCUCGCUGGGCGCCAAGGGGCCGCUCUACCUGCUCUUCAGCGUCAACGGCAGCGGGCACUUCUGCGGCGUGGCCGAGAUGCGCUCGCCCGUGGACUACGGAACCAGCGCUGGCGUGUGGGCGCAGGACAAGUGGAAGGGCAAGUUCGACGUCAGCUGGGUGUUCGUGAAGGACGUGCCCAACAGCCAGCUGCGGCACAUCCGGCUGGAGAACAACGAGAACAAGCCGGUGACCAACUCGCGGGACACGCAGGAGGUGCCGCUGGAGAAGGCCAAGCAGGUGCUGAAGAUCAUCGCCACCUACAAGCACACCACCUCCAUCUUCGACGACUUCUCGCACUACGAGAAACGACAGGAGGAGGAGGGGGUGGUCCGCAAGAGCUUUGACCCAGCGCCCAUCCAGAAUCGCUCCCGGCUGGAUCAGGAACGCCAAAAUAGAAGUAAGCAAUAGAGGACUGUAUUCUUGGCUUGUUAACAGUUAUACUAGGACUGACAUUUUGAAAAUAAAAACAGAAAGAUGACUCCUCCCCAUUUAAUUUUGAUUGCUCUACCCAGCGAUAGACGUUAGCUUUCUGCACCGGCGGUGCCCUUUCGGGAGGAAGCUGGUAUUGUGUAUCAAGUAGCUUCCGCUUUCUGAUUUUUUUAUUUUUUUUUUUUUGCCUUGUCAUGUCUUGGACUGUUUUUGAUUAUGACCCCCCUUUACUAAAUCUUAAUCAGGGUUUUGGCAGCACCAGUAAAUAUACUUGGCCAGUUUCUUUUGUACAAUCAAAGACUGGUGCGCAGUAUCCUCGUUGUCCACACGGAGGCAGUAUUGUAGCGGCACUGGCUGUGACUGCACGACUCUGCGGAGGAAGCCGCGGAAUUGGCUACAACGGGACAGAGAGAUGAAAUUACUCAUGACUAAUUUUGGUGUAAAACUAUAUUUUUUGGAUUAUGUGUUUCUUGGCUCAUUACUGUUGUGAUGAUGACUUAAGUAUUUUUUUUUGUUUGUUUUUCAAAGCCUUAACAUUUGGUUCAAACAUAACUGUAUCACAGGAGUGAUAUUAACUGUAAGUUAAUCUGUAACUGUACCAGUACAUCAGGGAGAGAAACGCGGACAUGCGAAACCUUCUGCGGAGGCUGUAGUGUGAGCCGCCUGGCUCUGCUCCAGUUAGGAAUCUGACUUUCGCUUGUUUAAACGGUGUAACGUACUACUCCAUCUUUUCCAUCAUGGGUGUGUGUUCCUAUGUUUAUGCCAGUCUGGGAAAAUGUAGCAUUUAAAAUCAAUGAGAAAAUAUUCUGAUAUAUAUUUUUAGAACGACGUGAUGUGUUUGAAGCAUUUGAGUGGAUUGUUUAACAUUUCUGAAAUCGCGUUUGAGUUACCAGUCACCUCCGUUCUGACUUCUCAAUAUUUUCGUUUUCUAAAUUGUUUUUCCUAUAAACUUAUCUUCACUUGUCCUCAGUAAUGCUAAGCUUUAACGUAGGAGCAUAUUGUAAAGGAAAAAGCCUCAAAUGUGUAACCCAAAUUUAAUGUUACUGAUUUACUGUCAAGAGUAAGAAAAACAAAGAAACAA